GCUUGCAGUGGUCAGUGUGGUUAGAGGAGGAGGUUGGAGUUGCUGUCAGUGCGGGCGGAGAGCAGAGACUGUCAGGUUCCUCAUUCUCUGUACGAUGGACCUGCUCGUAUACAUUGGCUGUUUGCUCAUCUUGUUUCUGCUCUGGAUUAAAACAAAAGGAUUAGAAUAUGUCCUUGUCCACCAGCGCUGGAUUUUCGUUUGCCUCUUCUUGCUUCCCCUCUCUGUUGUGUUUGAUUUGUAUUACUACGUGCGAGCAUGGCUGGUAUUUAAAAUGUGCAGUGCACCCAAACUCCAUGAUCGCCGGGUGAAGGAUAUCCAAGAGCAGGUGCGUCAGUGGAAAGCAGAAGGGACUAAACGUUUUAUGUGCACUGGAAGACCGGGUUGGCUAACAGUGUCCUUGCGCGUUGGGAAAUACAAGACCACCCACAAGAACAUAAUGAUCAAUCUCAUGGACAUUCUGGAGGUGGACACAAAGAGGCAGGUUGUGCGUGUGGAACCAUUAGUCAAUAUGGGUCAGGUGACUGCUUUACUCAAUUCACUUGGCUGGACACUUCCAGUUUUGCCAGAACUUGAUGACUUAACUGUUGGUGGUCUAAUCAUGGGAACAGGCAUUGAAUCCUCGUCCCAUAACUUUGGUCUAUUCCAGCAUAUCUGCUUGGCGUACGAGCUUGUCCUUGCUGAUGGAAGCCUUGUGAGGUGUACCCCAACAGAAAAUUCUGACCUUUUUUAUGCUGUCCCAUGGUCUUGUGGCACCCUCGGAUUUCUGGUUGCUGCCGAAAUAAAGAUCGUUCCUGCUAAAAAGUACGUCAAACUACACUACACUCCAGUGAAAGGCUUGGACAAGAUCUGUGAGAAGUUUUCCAGAGAGUCAAAGAACAAAGAUAACUACUUUGUGGAGGGACUUGCUUACUCUGCAGAUGAAGCCGUUAUAAUGACUGGUGUCCUAACUGAUGAUGCACAGCCUGAGAAGGUAAACAAGAUUGGACAUUAUUGGAAGCCAUGGUUUUUUCGUCAUGUUGAGACAUACCUGAAGAAAAAUCAUGAUGGAAUAGAGUACAUACCUUUGCGCCAUUACUAUCACAGGCACACAAAAAGUAUCUUCUGGGAGCUGCAAGACAUCAUUCCUUUUGGCAAUCAUCCAAUCUUUCGUUACCUCUUUGGCUGGAUGGUUCCUCCGAAAAUCUCAUUAUUAAAGCUCACCCAGGGAGAGACUAUUCGAAAACUGUAUGAACAACAUCAUGUGGUGCAGGACAUGCUGGUCCCAAUGAAAUGUCUAAAGCAAGCGAUCACGGUGUUCCACAAUCAGAUCAACGUUUACCCACUUUGGCUGUGCCCCUUUAUACUGCCAAGCAAUCCUGGCAUGGUACACCCCAAAGGGAACGAGACAGAGCUGUACGUGGAUAUAGGGGCAUAUGGCGAGCCAAGAACGAAACAUUUUGAUGCUAAAGCUUCCAUGCGACAACUGGAGAAGUUUGUCAGGGAUGUCCAUGGGUUCCAGAUGCUGUAUGCCGAUUGUUAUAUGAGUCAGGAGGAAUUCUGGGAAAUGUUUGACGGAUCAUUGUAUUGGAAGCUGCGAGAGAAAUUAAAUUGCAAUGAUGCUUUCCCUGAGGUUUAUAAUAAAAUCUGCAAAUCAGCACGGCACUGACAUAACAAAUACCGAAAAAGGAGAAAUCGGACACUUUAUUUUACACUUCGUUACAUCCGAGAACUGAAGCUUUUAUAAUAAAUGUAAUGUUUUUUGGAGCUACAAGCAAAACAAAGAUCUGGUUAACUAGUCCUGCCUUGUCUCUGCUGAACUUAUUCAACUAGUUCUGCUUUGACUCAUCUGGAUUUGGUCAACCAUUCUUGUCGAUAUAAGUCUAGUGGUUCUGUUAUGCCUCUACUGGAUCUGGGCAGAAGAUCUGUUUGGACAAAGGAAGUCUUUGGUCAUAUAUUUAUUUAAUGUAAAUAUGAGAUCUCGCAAUUAUUGGAAGCUCCAAUGUAUUAUGACUUAAAAGGGCUAACAUUGCAAGAAAAACUAAAUAUCCCUGCAAACCAUUUUAAUUUGACCUUUUAUUGACAUUUUGUACCAAAUAAAUGCUUUGUAACUGUUUAAAA